GACGACACAUUUGAGAAACAUGGAGAGACUGAACGAACGAAUUUGACGGAAGGGGACAAAAUGGCGCAAACUCGCCAGAAAAUGAAGCGACUAUACACAGACGCAUAUUUGUCACCGACACAUACGCGAAGUCUGUUGGUUUUUGACGAGGAAUACCAAAAUACGUGAGGAUUUUUAUUUUUUUUUCUCGGACGUGACAGUCGCUGUAACUCGAGAAGGAAGAAGUCGGAGGGGAAAAAAAAAAAAAAUGGCUCCGGCGGUUUCUGAGAAGAGGUGGGAGCGGGCGGCGGUGGAGAGGUUCGGCAGCGGGGGGGUGGCGCUCCUUCCCUGGACCAGACAGAUGCUCACGGUGCUGUGGGAACAGCUUCGGCUGCUCGUGCACGUCAUUUACUACACGUUCAUGUCGGUCUUUCAGAUGUUCAGGUUUGAGGUUCACGUGAGGAUCACUGACGAGACGGGAGACAUCCAGCACAUGAGCACAGCAUCGAACUCGUCCGACUCCUUUUUGUUCUCCUCCCUGUUUGACGGAGAAAACGGAGUAGUGGUUGGUGGUUCGAAUCCCCUGUCUAACUUCUGUGCCGACGUCGGCGACCCGUUCUCUGGGAAGUCCACGGCUGAGGCCCUGCUCUCCAGCCUGCGCGCCGACGAUCUCUGCUGCGGCCUCGUAGACGACUUUGUGUCGAGAACCGGCGGCAAAGAGGAAGGCCUCCUGCUCGGACACCAAUCUUCCUGGAAGGUGGGCUUCCCGGGCGACUGGAACAUCUUCGUGUCGAGCAGCGACAGCUCGAGUUCGAACGACGCCUGCCAGAAAACCAAGUCCGGUUUACCCAAAGAGAAAGUUCUCAAACAGGAGACGUCCGAGGAGGAGAGGAGCUCUCACUGGAGCAGCGAGGAGGAGCAGAGCGUGCUGGAGUUUGAGAGUGAAGAAAGUAAGGCGCUUUGGGAGUCGCUCUCCAAAUCCAACGAUCCGUACAACCCCUUCUUCUUCUCCGCCUGCAUUUCAACCGACUCCAACAUGGGGAAAAGUGAAGGAGACGGCGGUGACGCUGAUCUCAUGUCGGUGAGCAAAGCCUGUGAGAAGAUGCUGGGGCCUCCGAGGCUGAACAUGUGGGUCUGUCGCACCGACAGCGAGAGCAGCUGGAGUAGUUGGGCCGGUUCAGAUGGCUCAAGCCCCGACGUCGACAAGGAGGAAAACGACCGACUCUGGGAGUUCUUCAGCAGUCCUGAAGACCCCUACAACCCUCUGUGCUUUACUGCCAGCACAGCCGUCACUCCAACUAAACAAGCAUCGCUUCCUGCACCGUCCCCCAAAUCAGACCCGGACUCUAAGGAGAGCAGCUUUGCUCCGUCGGAUGACGACGAAGAGCUGCUGUGGAAAUUCUUGAGCCCAAACGACGACCCGUACCACCCACUGAACUUCAAAGCCUGCCUCCAGAGCUGCUCCACUUCACUCCACGAAGAUCCCAAUGUCUUUGACAGGCCACCCACAGAGACGAAGAGGCAGAUGAAAGCGUUCAGGAAGCCCAAACGCGUCAGGCCGGCUCUUCCAGGGAGGAAGUUAAAGCAGCACCGUCAUCCUGACAAAACGCUGGUUCCCUGGAACAGACCUGAACUCGCACCACCCGGGGAGAGCAGGGGGAACAAGACCGACCCCCCACAGAAAAAGGUGCAGUUUUCUCCCGUAGUCCAAGUCCACGUCAUGCGGACGUGGUCGUUUGCCCGUCAGGCGUGCCGCAAAGGACACUGGGAAGAAAUGGCUCGAGACCGUGACCGCUUCCGGAGGCGGAUCGUGGAAACGGAGCAGACCGUUGGGCGCUGUUUCACCCCGGCCCACAGGCGGAAGGUGUGGGCGUACCUGGAACAGACGAAGGCUCCUGAACACUGAAUGUUUCAUUUCCUUUGAAUGAGAACUUGUGAUUGGUUGCAAUGCAACAGUGAUUUUGAUUUAGGCCAAUUAGAGGUUUGAUAUGUUCGGCCAUUUGUAAAUGUUCUGGUGUCGAGUUGAACAACUUUGUACCUCGGAAGGUUUUCUACUUUGUGUAACUGUUGCACUGACUGACACAUGUUAACCUCGACAUUAAUGUGUGGAACGUUGUUUUUGUAUGCCUUAUACUGACCUAGUAAUGUAACUUAUUCUUGCCCUAUGGAGCUUGUUGUUUAUUUUUUUACUGAUUAUUUAAAGAGUUUGUAAUGUGCUUUUAUAAUUGUGAAGGAACCAGUUUGGUCUAGAAGUUCAAAUAGAAAAUCACAAGAAAUUCACAGUACAAAGUGUUCUGAGAAAAAAAAAAUUAAGCAUGAUUGAAUCUGAUUUAGUGCUGGUGCGAUUCUUGUGCUGUUGACGAGUUUUAUUUAUUAAUGUUUUUGACCUGCGUUUUUAUAUAUUAUGUCACAUGUUUGUGACCUUUAGUACCAAACAUGGAAAAACAAGCGAGUUUAUGAUGUAAUCCUUGUAAAACUUUGGUUAAUGUGACUCGCUCGGCUUCUCUUUAUAACAUUGUGUGGUCAGAAGUUUAA